AAAGAGAAGAAGAACCCUAAGGCGCAGAUCGAAGCUCACUCUCUUUUCGACAUGGCCAAGUCAAAGAAUCACACAGCUCACAACCAGUCCCGCAAGGCCCACAGGAAUGGCAUCAAGAAGCCCCAGAGGCACCGCCACACUUCCACCAAGGGGAUGGAUCCCAAGUUUCUGAGGAACCAGAGGUAUGCCAGGAAGCACAACAACGCCCCCAAGACCGAAGAGUCGGCCGAGGAGUAGAGAUGGACCUGCCUAAGUAAUGAUGAAGCUCUUCGGGUUUUAUUCUUCUCAGUAGGGUUUAAUUUUUGUUUUCAUGAUUUCGGAAACGGUUGAUGGUAGUUUGAUGCUACUGUACUGGGAUUUAUGGAUUUUAUGUAGGAGCUGAACUCCUUUUUAAUGCUCGUUAUCCUAAAGAUGUUGAAGCUCUUUGGUUAAUUCUUUUGCUCUUGAUGGUUGGUGUUUUUAUUGAUUGCAAUUGAGUUAUUUUGAAUUGUAGUAGC